AGCCAGCACUCACAAACACUCUGUUCACUUGCCUGAAACUGGAUGGAUGGUAGUAUCGCCAUCUCUGGUGUUGUGUUGACAUAUAGUCCUGUGUAAUGUGUGUCAACCUUAAACACAUUAAGCGUUGGGUCUAUCUGUUGAUCAACUGUAUUAUAAUUGUGUGUGUUUGUGUGUACAUGAGAAUAUAGCUAUGUUUGUGUGCCUUUUGUUGGUCUCAGAGCUAUAGUUAUUUUAAGCGUAGGUGGUUGCUGAUUGAUGCUGCCUUAGAGUUAGCUAGCGUGUGCAUUAUUGUAAGGUUUGGGAAUUCCUGCUCAGUUUGUCGCUUAAUCUUUUUGUGUACAGAGGGGACCGCCUUAGUUGGGUUGUGUUUGAGAAUGUUUCUGUGGUUGUAAUGUCUGUGUGUGCGGUAUGUUUCGUUAAUGUUUUUAAGGAAGUGUGGUAGUAGGUUAGUGUAUUGGCUCUUCAAAUCCAUUCACUCUGUGAUGAGGUUCGCUCAUGCUCAAAGCUGACCAAACGCACUGGUCGCCCUCCGCCCAAAGAAUUGGCUAAAGAGUAAUUAGGAGGUGACGUCAGCCUGGGAAUUGAGAAACGCUAAUGGUGUAGGCUACCUUGGGAAAUGUGAUCACGUAGCAGGUCAUGCCAAGCCACUGAAUACUACACUGAAUGUAGUUUCUCUUCUGUUAAUUUUUUGUUUCUUUUACUUUGGCUUUUUGCUUUGUCUUUAUUUUCACAUGAAUCCAGGAGAAACUGACCAAAAAGCCAGUCCGAGUAAGAAAGUAGAAAGAAGGAAAGCCAUUAAGAGCUGAUGCAAUCCGCCGGGUGGGUAUGAGUUUGAAAUGAGCUGCAGCUUUGGUUAACAGGCUUACUAUCUGUGUGCUUUUUCUAAUGUAACCUGACUAUGGUGUCAGAAUCGGGAUGAAUAGGUUUAGUUAGAAGUACCUUUUGAAGAAGUGUAGAGUCUUUACUUUGGAAACAUUGCUGCAGUGUGUGUUGGGGUGCCCCCUGCAGGGAAUCUGUGUUGGGAGUGUGUUCUGGGGUAUCAUUGCUGAUUGGCUGUGUGUGUGUGUGUGUGUGUGUGUGGGAGGGAGCGCACACUCUGUAUUUGUAGCCCAUAUGCUGUGUGUGUGUGAAGGAGGGGUUGUGGGUUUGUAACUUGAGCUGGGCUGGUCUCCUGCACACUGGAAAGCAGGGCCCCUCUCUUUUUCCUACUUUCUCUUGCUCAUGCUCACACUCUCCACCCCUUCUGCCUCAGCCUUCUGACUCCAGGCUGACAUUCCACUUCUCUAGCACACACACACACACACAGAAGCGUGCGCACACACACACACACACACUCGCACACUUUCCCUCUCCGGCGUCCGUACACUGUCCACACACUUGUAAGACAGCACUCCGGAGGACCAGACACACACAGAAGCGCUCAGGACUUGUGGGACUCUUCUGGUGUUUGGCGUCGUCUUUGUUGCCUUCUUUUCCUCUGGUCGUCUGGCGGCGAGCUCAGGAUCCUCGGGCAGGCCAGGGAGUGGCUACAGCUGAGCUGGAAUGUGCGCCGAGACCGUGGAACAAGAGCAGCCCUGCUCUCCCAUGGUUUUUCCCUCUACUCUCCGAGUCUGAGUUUCUCUCGCUCUCUCUCUCUCUCCCUCUCUGUCUCUCUCUGUCUGUCUGUCUGUUUCUCUCUGUCCUUCAUACGUUCACUUAUCUUUUGUUCCCCCUCUCUUCCUGCUUAGCUAUCAUUCUCUCUGACCCCUUCUCUCUCUUGCUCUCUUUCUCCCUUGCUCUCUCUCUCUUUUUUUCCCCUCUGGACCGACAUUCCUGAAUUACAGCGGGGCUGUUUUGUCCCUCCACCACCUCUCUCUGCGUUGAAGAGCAGCAACCCGCCUCUCCAUUUGCCUCUUUCUUGUCUCCUGGGCUGCGCUCCCUCCAUGCUGGACUUCAGAUAACCGCUCCACUGUUCCGGGACCUGCUGGGCUAUGUCCUGAUCUGUAUGCAGACCUUGUGGGCCUGAAGACUCCAGUGUGUGUGUGUGUGUGUGUGUGUGUGUGUGUGUGUGUGUGUACAUGCAUGUGCGGGUUGAAAUGUGGGUCGGCGCAGUGGCGGUGCAGCUCUGUGUUCUGGACAGUUUGGUUUCCACAGUGAGGGCAGGAUGAAGCGCGGGGCCAGGGCUCCCCAUGUCACGCGCCGUUAGGCCGCAGCAGCCCGUCUAUUCGUGGAAGGGGGUGCUCAAGCUGUUCACGUGCAUCGCCUCCCGCACCGCCAGCAGCAAGCCCAAAGAGGUCGACCCAUUUCAGGAGAAGACGCGAGCCUUACUUGGGAAUCAUAUGGACGACGAAAUGAGUCGCCAGCCUGCCCCAGCGCUGCCCACAGGAACCUCCAAGAGCACCCCCUCCCAACGCGUCCCCACCCUGUCGGGCACCACCGCCUCGAACAGCGACCUGGCCAGCCUGUUCGAGUGCCCCGUGUGCUUCGACUAUGUGCUGCCGCCCAUCCUGCAGUGCCAGAGCGGCCACCUGGUGUGCAGCAACUGCCGGCCCAAGCUGACGUGCUGCCCGACGUGCCGCGGUCCGCUGGGCUCCAUCCGCAACCUGGCCAUGGAGAAGGUGGCCAACUCGGUGCUGUUCCCGUGCAAGUACGCCUCGUCGGGCUGCGAGGUGACGCUGCCGCACACAGACAAGGCCGAGCACGAGGAGCUGUGCGAGUUUCGGCCGUACUCGUGUCCGUGCCCGGGCGCCUCGUGCAAGUGGCAGGGCUCGCUGGACGCCGUCAUGCCGCACCUGCUGCACCAGCACAAGUCCAUCACCACGUUGCAGGGCGAGGACAUCGUCUUCCUGGCCACAGACAUCAACCUGCCGGGCGCCGUGGACUGGGUCAUGAUGCAGUCGUGCUUCGGCUUCCACUUCAUGCUGGUGCUGGAGAAGCAGGAGAAGUACGACGGGCACCAGCAGUUCUUCGCCAUCGUGCAGCUCAUCGGCACGCGCAAGCAGGCGGAGAACUUCGCCUACCGGCUGGAGCUCAACGGCCACCGGCGCCGGCUCACCUGGGAGGCCACACCGCGCUCCAUCCACGAGGGCAUCGCCACCGCCAUCAUGAACAGCGACUGCCUGGUGUUCGACACCUCCAUCGCACAGCUAUUUGCCGAGAACGGCAACCUGGGCAUCAACGUCACCAUAUCCAUGUGCUGAGGACACCUUGUUUUUUUUUUCGUAGAUGCACACUAACAGACAGAUGCACACAUACAAAACAGACAAAAAAAGGACACACAAACAAAAACACACACACACACACACAGGCAAAUGCACUUGACAGAACACAC